ACUUCCGAGGGAAACAAAUGAAUAAGUCACACAGUUCCUCGCACCACCCGGAAGAACAGUGGCGCAGUUACACUUGGUGACUUGUCUGAAAGGGCGAAAUAUUAUUUAUGAUUGGUGACUUCUGGAUGCCCUCUACACCACAGCACACUGAUACAAGAAGCUAACCGUAUACGUGACCCUGUGCAGAAAGAAACUAACCCUGGGUCUGAGUCAGGACAUGAUAUAAAAGAGGAAAGUGUGAGGAGGAGUGAAGCUGAGGAGAAACAAACAGAAUCCCCUCUUAAUAUCCCAAAGCCUGAAGAAGAAGAAGAAAAAGAGAUGGCAAGCGAUAAACAUGAGGAAGAAGUGAAGAGGGAUGAGAACGUCCAACCACAGAAUAAAAGUGAGUUGUUUUCAGAGGACACAGGAACGCCUUCCUGUCAACCUCCAGACCCUGUGCAGAAAGAAACUAACCCUGGGUCUGAGUCAGGACAUGAUAUAAAAGAGGAAAGUGUGAGGAGCAGUGAAGCUGAGGAGAAACAAACAGAGAAGACGACUGAGAAACAACAUCACUCUGUCACAGAACCAAAAAUAGACACGGAGGGAGAAAAGGGCCAUACACCUGAGAAAAAUGAAGAUCUGUCAGGUGAUCCUUUGCUAGUUAAUGUACCUAAAGAAGAUGGCCCAUCAGGUGAUAUUUUGCAAGAUAAUGCACAUAAGGAAGAUGAUGAGGACACAGGAACGCCUUCCUGUCAACCUCCAGACCCUGUGCAGAAAGAAACUAACCCUGGGUCUGAGUCAGGACAUGAUAUAAAAGAGGAAAGUGUGAGGAGCAGUGAAGCUGAGGAGAAACAAACAGAGAAGACGACUGAGAAACAACAUCACUCUGUCACAGAACCAAAAAUAGACACGGAGGGAGAAAAGGGCCAAAAACCUGAGAAAAAUGAAGAUCUGUCAGGUGAUCCUUUGCUAGUUAAUGUACCUAAAGAGGAUGGCCCAUCAGGUGAUAUUUUGCAAGAUAAUGCAUGUAAGGAAGAUGAUGAGGACACAGGAACGCCUUCCUGUCAACCUCCAGACCCUGUGCAGAAAGAAACUAACCCUGGGUCUGAGUCAGGACAUGAUAUAAAAGAGGAAAGUGUGAGGAGCAGUGAAGCUGAGGAGAAACAAACAGAAUCCCCUCUUAAUAUCCCAAAGCCUGAAGAAGAAGAAGAAAAAGAGAUGGCAAGCGAUAAACAUGAGGAAGAAGUGAAGAGGGAUGAGAACGUCCAACCACAGAAUAAAAGUGAGUUGUUUUCAGAAACUAUUUGGACUGCAGCUGUUGUCAUUCUGAUAGCUUUGGUUUGUGCAUUAUGUCAGCGUAGUCCUGACUCAACUUCAUCUAAAACAAAGGAGGUUAAUGUGGUGGACCUGUUCAAUCAGGAAAUGAAAAAACUUGAGACCACCUUUCCAAAUCAGCAUGCAGAGCUCUGGAGGAGGAGCCUUAUUCAUCUCAGGCGCCACCUAAAGACAAAGAACCCCACUGAACCCGUCAGCCUGAUUCUGACAUCCGAUCGCAGAGCUGAAAAGACACUUGGUUGCCUGGCCCUGUGCUUGGCCCGAGCCUUUUCUACUGCCCAUAACUCUUCAGUUCUGAAGAUUAAUGGCAAAAACAAAGCAUCACAAGACAGCGAUCAGGUCAAGCUGGACAUUGAUAGUGAAUUGAGAAAAGCCUUUGAGGGUAAAAAGUCUGCUGCAGUUAUCCACCAUUUUGAGGAGCUCCCUCCUGGAUCUACUCUCAUCUUCUACCGUUACUGCGACCAUGAGAAUGCGGCUUAUAAAGAUGUCUUCCUGGCCUUUACUGUAAUGCUGGAUGCAGAAGUGGAAUUGCCAUCCAGUGUCAGUCUAGGAAGAGUUGAGGAGAUGGUUCAAGAGCACAUAAAACACAAGUUUGUCUCCUCUGACAAGUCAGCUAUGUUUAAUCAAAUGGAUGUUGACAAACUAGGUGGACUGUGGAGCCGAAUUUCACAUCUCAUUUUGCCAGUUGCUGCAGAAAAGAAAAUUGAAGAGCAGGGCUGUGUGGAUUGUGACAAAUAAUUUUGAAAAUGGUUAUCAGACAUGUUUUUUCCACAAAUUACUUUUAACUUUAAAUAUUAGUCUCAUACUUUGGAUACAAAAAAAUAUAUAUAUAAAAUGCAUUUAGGUAUGUGCUGCUGCAUAGGCCUGUUUUCUUGCUUUAACACUAAAUUACAACUUUUCAGAUUAUGAAAUUUCUAAAAGGAUAUAAUUAAGGAAGUUUCUACAUUUUUAGCUCCUCUUUCUUUGUUAUAUGUAGAUGUGUUUGCGUCUAAAUUAAGUCUUACAUUAAAGUUAUUUUUAAUCUGUAAAUUUGGUUGGCCAGGGAUGGACGUUAUAAUUGUUGUGUGAUUGAUUUUUCUUUUGUUAGAGAAAAUAAACGUGCCUUAAUAAAUCUAUCAGCUCUG